CUGUAGCUCACCGCCACUGUCUGUCACCCUCUCAUCCACACUUUCUCCCCGCUCUUAGCGUAUAUUCGCGGACUGUUUUCCCCUUCAAAUACUGCCAGCGGGACCGGUGAAACAUGAGCGUUGAGGCGUACGGGCCGAGCUCCCAGACUCUUACCUUCCUGGACACCGAGGAAGCGGAGCUGCUCGGAGCAGACACUCAGGGCUCCGAGUUCGACUUCACCGAUUUCACCCUGCCGAGCCAGACCCAAGGCCAGACCCAGAGCCAGCUCGACAACCAGGUUCGUAGUAACGGUCCUGGAGGCGUGUUGCAAAAUGGAGACGACCCUGUGGUUAAAGCCAGUCAGUUGCUGGCAGAGUUAAACUUCGAGGAGGAUGAGGAGGACACCUACUACACCAAGGACCUCCCCGUUCAUGCCUGCAGUUACUGUGGGAUUCAUGAUCCUGCCUGCGUUGUGUACUGCAACACCAGCAAGAAGUGGUUCUGCAAUGGCCGUGGAAACACCUCUGGCAGUCACAUUGUGAACCAUCUGGUGAGGGCAAAGUCCAAGGAGGUGACCCUGCAUAAAGACGGCCCUCUGGGGGAAACUGUGCUGGAGUGUUACAACUGCGGCUGUCGCAACGUCUUCCUGCUGGGCUUCAUCCCUGCGAAGGCUGACUCGGUCGUGGUGCUCCUGUGCAGACAGCCAUGUGCCAGUCAGAGCAGCCUGAAGGACAUCAACUGGGACAGUUCCCAGUGGCAGCCUCUCAUUCAGGACCGCUGCUUCCUGUCUUGGUUGGUGAAAAUCCCCUCAGAGCAGGAGCAGCUCAGGGCCCGUCAGAUCACGGCCCAGCAGAUCUACAAGCUGGAGGAGCUCUGGAAGGACAAUCCCAGUGCAGCCUUGGAAGACCUGGAGAAGCCGGGCGUUGAUGAGGAGCCUCAACACGUUCUGCUGCGCUAUGAGGAUGCCUACCAGUACCAGAACAUCUUUGGUCCUCUUGUCAAGCUGGAGGCUGACUAUGAUAAGAAGCUUAAAGAGUCACAGACUCAAGACAACAUUACAGUCAGAUGGGACCUGGGCUUGAAUAAAAAGAGGAUUGCUUAUUUCAGUCUGCCUAAGACGGACUCAGAUAUGCGACUGAUGCAAGGAGAUGAAAUCUGCCUGAGGUACAAAGGGGAUCUGGCUCCUAUGUGGAAAGGCAUUGGACAUGUCAUCAAAGUCCCUGACAACUACGGUGAUGAGAUCGCCAUCGAACUGAGGAGCAGUGCUGGCGCUCCAGUGGAGAUCCCACACAACUUUCAAGUGGACUUUGUGUGGAAGUCCACAUCCUUUGACAGGAUGCAGAGUUCCCUGAAGACAUUUGCUGUGGAUGAAACUUCCGUGUCUGGUUACAUCUACCACAAACUGCUGGGCCACGAGGUGGAGGACGUGAUCAUCAAGUGUCAGCUGCCCAAGCGCUUCACUGCGCAAGGACUGCCUGACCUCAACCACUCCCAGGUGUAUGCCGUAAAGACAGUGCUGCAGCGGCCCCUCAGCCUCAUCCAAGGUCCCCCUGGCACUGGAAAGACGGUGACCUCUGCCACCAUCGUGUACCACCUGGCUCGACAGGGUAGUGGACCAGUUCUGGUGUGUGCUCCCAGUAACAUUGCUGUGGACCAGUUGACAGAGAAGAUCCACCAGACUGGACUCAAAGUGGUGAGGCUGUGUGCCAAGAGCAGGGAAGCCAUCGACUCGCCGGUCUCCUUCCUGGCUCUGCACAACCAGACCCGUAACAUGGACAGUAUGCCAGAACUUCAGAAACUUCAACAGCUGAAAGACGAGACCGGAGAGUUGUCGUCCUCGGAUGAGAAACGUUACAGGGAUCUGCGACGCACCGCUGAAAGGGAGCUGUUGAUGAAUGCCGACGUAAUCUGCUGUACUUGUGUUGGGGCCGGCGACCCUCGUCUGGCUAAGAUGCAGUUCAGAUCGAUCCUGAUCGAUGAGAGCACGCAGGCAACUGAGCCCGAGUGCAUGGUACCUGUGGUCCUUGGAGCUAAGCAGUUGAUUUUGGUGGGUGACCACUGCCAGCUGGGCCCAGUGGUGAUGUGCAAGAAGGCAGCUAAAGCAGGACUGUCCCAGUCUCUCUUUGAGCGUCUGGUUGUUUUGGGGAUUCGACCAAUCCGUUUGCAGGUUCAAUAUCGCAUGCACCCGGCCCUCAGUGCAUUCCCCUCCAACAUCUUCUACGAAGGCUCACUGCAGAACGGAGUCACUGCUGGUGACCGUGUGAAGAAGGGCUUUGACUUCCAGUGGCCACAGCCUGACAAGCCCAUGUUCUUUUAUGUCACUCAAGGCCAGGAGGAAAUCGCCAGCUCAGGAACAUCUUAUCUUAACAGAACUGAGGCAGCCAAUGUGGAGAAAAUAACAACAAGGUUGCUGAAGGCUGGUGCCAAACCUGAUCAAAUUGGUAUCAUCACCCCUUAUGAGGGGCAGAGGUCCUACUUGGUCCAAUACAUGCAGUUCAGUGGCUCCCUUCACACCAAACUGUACCAGGAGGUGGAGAUUGCCAGUGUUGAUGCUUUCCAAGGCAGAGAGAAGGACUUUAUCAUCUUGUCCUGUGUGAGGGCCAACGAGCACCAGGGCAUUGGCUUCCUCAAUGACCCGCGUCGUCUUAACGUGGCGCUCACAAGAGCCAGAUAUGGCGUGAUCAUUGUGGGGAAUCCUAAAGCUCUGUCCAAGCAACCCCUGUGGAACCACUUGCUGAACAACUACAAGGAGCAGAAGGUGCUGGUGGAAGGACCGCUUAACAAUUUGCGCGAGAGCCUCAUGCAGUUCAGCAAGCCCCGCAAGCUGGUCAACACCAUCAACCCUGGAGGCCGAUUCAUGAGCACAGCCAUGUAUGACGCCAGGGAAGCCCUUAUUCCCGGAUCUGUUUAUGAUCGCAGCAGCAAUGGGCGUACAUCCAACAUGUACUUCCAGACCCACGACCAGAUUGGAAUGAUUGGUAGCGGCCCCAAUCCCAUGACUUCCCUAAACAUCCCCAUCCCCUUCAGCCUUGUCAUGCCCCCUAUGCCUCCUCCUGGUUACCUUGGACAGCUCAACGGCUCGAUGGCAGGUCGUGGAGGCGGCAUGAAAGGAAAAGCUGGCGGAGGAGGCAACGCUCGAGGGAGUCGCCAGAGAAACCGUGGCAACAACCACAGCAGAGGAGGCCAUAUGAGUGGCAGCCAGGCCAGCCAAGACUUGGGCUCUCAGCCCUUUUCCCAGGGGCCCCUGACCCAAGGCUACAUUAACAUGAGUCAGCCGUCACAAAUGAGCCAGCCGGGGCUCUCCCAGGCGGAGCUUUCCCAGGACAGUUACUUAGGAGAUGAAUUCAAGUCCCAAAUUGAUGUGGCGCUAUCUCAAGACUCCACCUAUCAGGGGGAGCGAGCCUACCAGCAUGGUGUGACUGGACUGUCCCAGUACUAGACUACUGCUGAAAGGUGCUUGGCCUAUAUGAGCUCAGUUCAUCAGAGUUUAAAAUCUGGGUGAUAACAAAAAAAACGAACAAAUAAGGAUACCCGUUUUCCACCGCUACACCACUGCGUGAAAGUAACCGGAGCGAGAAAACCAACCAAUCACAAGAGAGAAGAGCAGAGCGAGGGGGCGGCGUGCCAGGCUGACGGAGGAGCGAAGGCACUGCUUCCCUGCACGCGCCCAGGCAAGCCCAAGGAGCGAGCUGGCGUCUUUGGAAUCAGCGCUGCUGGAGGGACGAGACCCUUGGCGUCUUUGAGGAGGAAAGCUCCAAAGUACCGUGUCAUCUGACCCCUCACGUGCCCCUGAAUCCCUUUAGGGUCUCCAGGCCGUCUGGUCGCAGGGAAAGAUGGAGGUGGUCUCACACGUCUGCCCUACAGGAUGAGACACAGAGCGAGGGGGGACACACGGCUUGAAGCAACGUUUCCAACUGCCAAGUCUUUGGCUGUUCAAGAACUCUUGUCAGUGGACAUGUGUGGGCCACAAAGCCACUGAUCAUUCACUCUUUCUCAGCUGGUAGUGGCAAGUUUGAAAGAAGUGGUGAUGACACCAUCUCUCUGGAGGUGGUCUGCAAGGAACACGCGGAAUUAGCUCUUUGAAUAGCAAAAGUCAUGUUUUUGUCUCCGACGUAUGAGACCAUAUUUGUUCUUCUAAAUAUAUCCGUAGUACAACCAGGAGAACUCGGGGUGGUGAUAAAGAGUAAAUUGCGCUUGUUUUGGUGAAAGCAUGAAGAUCCUCACAGCUUGCGAUUGCUAUGUAACAGAAUCGCCUUGCCUAAUUUAUUAGACCAUCUAACGUGGGGUUAAAGACACAGCUGCCCUAAAUUAAGCAGCACUGAUCAUUUUAUUUAUCUGCUAGUAUGAAGAAAUUAUACUUUUAAUGCUAAAAUUUAAUUUUUACCCAUUGAUUUAACAUUUUAGUUGUAUUCAGUAACUUUCCUUCUUGAAGAGUGGUUCAACGUUAUGCUUGAUUUCUUCCUGACUUUUCCAAUUUAGGUCUAAAAAAAGUUAAUAGUAAUUGCUUUCUCGCGAACAAUUAGCAGAUUUUGUCGCGGGGUUUUAUUUUGCACUCAAGUGUAGUUCUGUAGGCUGCUCUAGUUCUGUCUGUCCCGAUCCUUUUAACAGAUCAGAAUUUUUUUCUAGCUUUUGCUCACCUUCGUGGUUGUGUUUCGACCUGUGGUUGCUCAUCUUCUUUCCUGUACCUCGAUUUCUUUUUACAUCCGGCUCAUUCAAGUGUCGGUAUUUCCAUUGUCGCCUGGAAAUAGUCGUGUCGCUGCGUCUAAACCGCUCUUUCGGCAACAUAUCCGCUGAGCAUGUUGUAUGGUGGAAAUAUUCAAAAUACCCUGUGAAAGCUUAUGUUGCGAUUUCAUUGAGCUCAUUCGUUUUUUCACCCUAUAUUUGCCUGACAUUACACAUUAUUGCGAUUCUUUUCCAAUAAUGGAUUGUUUAUAAUUAUUACAACAUUAAAAGUUGUUUACUGUUUGGUCCUCCAUUUGAAUGAUACUUUGUUUGUUGCUUAUUUUAGCUGUGACAGUGGCAGAUGUGAGAUUUUUUUUUGUGCACAAAAAAAGACAAGUUUGUGGUCUCUUGCUUUUAUUUUUCGUAACAGCAUGUAAGG